CACUCGAGCCUGGCUUUUGUUCCUGGCGUCUGACUUCUGACGGCAGGAACUUUUGCAGACCGGGCUGAGACGCACGCGACCCAAGCCUUGCCCACGUAGGACCGAGAGCUGUCCGUGUCCUGCGCUAAGCCGAAGGACGAGGAGGGGCGGACCACAGGGGCGGCCAUGCGGUGGCGCGCGCUGGCCCCAGGCCCGCCCGUGAGGCUGGCGCGCGAGACUGGGGCGCGUGGGCGUCCGCGCCAGCCGGAAGAAUUUACCACAUGCCCGCACAGUUUUAAGAAGAAGGACUUUAAGAAGCCCCGAGCUUGUGGAGUGUGCAGGCAGACCAUCGACGGGCAGGGGAUUGCUUGCCGAGCCUGCAAGUAUUCCUGCCACAAGAAAUGUGAAGCCCAGGUGGUGACUCCCUGCUCUGUGCAAGCCCACCUGGAUCAGGCUCCUGAGAGCCCCACACCAUCUGCUGCCCUCCGCUGUGACAAGCCUUCAAGGCCCCUGGUCCUGAGUCCAGCCAUGGAGGACAGCCAUGAACUGGACCUCACGUACGUCACAGAGCGUAUCAUCGCAGUGUCCUUCCCUGCCAGCUGCUCAGAGGAGUCCUACUUGCACAGUCUGCAGGAGGUCACACGCAUGCUCAAAUCUAAGCAUGGCGACAACUACUUGGUAUUAAACCUUUCAGAGAAGAGAUAUGACCUUACAAAGCUUAAUCCAAAGAUCAUGGAUGUGGGCUGGCCCGAGCUGCAUGCACCACCUCUUGACAAGAUGUGCACCAUAUGUAAAGCUCAGGAGUCCUGGCUGAACAGUGACCCCCAACAUGUGGUUGUUAUCCACUGCAGGGGCGGCAAAGGGCGCAUCGGAGUGGUCAUAUCAUCCUACGUGCACUUUACCAAUGUGUCAGCCAGUGCUGACCAGGCCCUGGACAGGUUUGCAAUGAAGAAGUUUUAUGAUGACAAAGUUUCAGCUUUAAUGGAGCCCUCCCAGAAGCGGUAUGUGCAGUUUCUCAGCGGGCUCCUGUCUGGGGCGAUGAAGAUGAAUACGUCACCCUUGUUCCUGCACUUUGUCAUCCUGCAUGGCGCCCCCAGCUUUGACAAUGGAGGAGCUUGCCGGCCCUUUCUGAAGCUCUACCAAGCCAUGCAGCCUGUAUACACGUCUGGAAUCUACAAUGUUGGCCCUGAAAACCCCAGCCGCAUCCGCAUUGCCAUCGAGCCGGCCCAGCUACUGAAGGGUGACGUCAUGGUGAAAUGCUAUCACAAGAAGUUCCGCUCAGCCACUCGUGAUGUCAUUUUCCGCCUGCAGUUCCACACCGGAGCUGUGCAGGGCUACGGGCUCCUGUUUGGGAAGGAGGAUCUGGACAGCGCCUGCAAAGAUGACCGUUUUCCUGACUAUGGCAAGAUUGAAUUGGUCUUCUCCGCCACACCUGAGAAAAUUCAAGGGUCGGAGCAUCUGUACAGUGACCAGGGAGUGGUGGUGGACUACAACACAGCAGACCCCCUGAUCCGAUGGGACUCCUACGAGAACAUGAGUGCGGAUGGAGAAGUGCUGCACACACAGGGCCCAGUGGACGGCAGUCUGUAUGCCAAGGUGAGGAAGAAGAGUGCCUCAGAUUCCAUCAUCCCUGGCAGCCCUCAGGGCAUGCCAGCCACAUGCAGUCCAGACCCCAGUGAUCACACCUUGUCAGUCAGCAGUGAUUCUGGUCACUCUACUGCCUCAGCCAAAACAGAUAAGACAGAAGAGCGCCCAGCCCCAGGAGCACGGAGGGGCCUGAGCCCCCAGGAGAAGGCUGAGUUGGAUCAGCUGCUGAGUGGAUUUGGCCUGGAAGAUUCUGCAGGCUCCCACAAAGACAUGACUGACGGGUGUAGCAAGUAUAGUGGGACACGCCACGUGGUGCCAGCCCAGGUUCAUGUGAAUGGAGACGGUGCCCUGAAGGAUCGGGAGACCGACAUUCUGGAUGAUGAGAUGCCCCACCCUGACCUGCACAGUGUGGACAGCCUGGGUACUCUCUCCUCCUCUGAAGGGCCACAGUCGACCCACCUGGGCCCCUUCACCUGCCUCAAGAGCAGCCAGAACUCCCUCCUGUCUGAUGGCUUUGUCAAUGGUGUUGGUGAAGAUCACAGUGGUGCCCUUUCUCCAGACCUAGGCCUCGGUGUGGACCCCCUCUAUGAGCAGGAGCAGAUGUGUGGGGGCCGUGAGCCAAAGCAACUGCAGCCCCUGCUGAGGAAGCCCUCGGUACCCACCCCCACCCAGGCCUAUGGGCAAAGCAACUAUUCCACUCAGACCUGGGUGCGUCAGCAGCAGAUGGUAGCUGCUCACCAGUAUAGCUUUGCCCCAGAUGGGGAGGCCAGGCUGGGCAGCCGCAGUACAGUGGACAGUGCUGGCCUUGCCCAGGCCCAGUCGCACAUCCCGGUUACUCCUACUCGCGGAGCCAGCAGUAGAGUGGCUGUUCAGAGGGGCAUCGGUAAUGGGCCAAAUCCCCCUGACGCACAGCAGCUCUGUCCUGGGAAAGCACUCCAACCCAGAUUUUCAGAUGACAGAGUCAUGAACGGAGUACAUCCGGAAUUGAACACUGGUCCCUCCCCAGGCUCUCCUACCCUGGAUAUUGACCAGUCCAUUGAGCAACUUAACAGGCUGAUCUUGGAGCUCGACCCCACCUUUGAGCCCAUCCCCACACACAUGAAUGCCCUUGGCAUCUCAGCCAAUGGCUCUAUGUGUCCUGAUGGUGUUGCAAGUGGGCUCCGGUGUGGUGGCAGGCUGGACCCCAUGGAUGGCCCUGGCCGGAGUUCUGGCCGGCAAGGUGAUGAGUCCAUUGGGGGACGGCUCCGGAAGCGGAGUCUCGGACAGUAUGACAACGAUGCUGGGAGCCAGGUGUCCUUCUCUAAGUGUGGAUGGGGAAAGGCCGGAAUGGACCCAGCCCCAAGCCUGGGGUCAUUUUCUUCUCCUGCAGACAUCAAAGAGACGAUGAUCACUGCAUAUCCCCCUGACCUCGAUAUGGUGGAUGGCAGGAUUUCCAACAAGGAGUCCAUGUGUCUGACCCCAGCAUUCCCCGUGUCUCCAGAAACACCAUAUGUGAAAGCAUCCCCACGCUACCCUCCAUUCAGCCCACCUGAGCCCCAGCUGAGCAGCCCAGCCAGUUUGUGCAAAGGAGGACGCGAACCACGAGGCUGUGCAGAGAUUAUCAGCCACACCGUGGGGAUGUCAGAGAGCCCCCUUGGACCCAAAUCCAUCAUGCUUCGGGCUGACAGGCCUGCGACACCCAACUUCCAGCAGGUGUUCGCAUCUUCCUGCACAAUUUCAAGCAACAGCCCCGGCCAGAGGAGAGAGAGCCCACCUUCUGCAGAACGCCAGUGGGUAGAGAGCAGCCCCAAAUCCACCCUAACCCUUCUGGGGAACAGCCACUCUUCUGAAAGUCCCCUCGGCACCCACGAGUUCUGCAGCUCUGGUAAGGACUCGCCAGGGCUGCCUUGCUUCCAGUCCUCAGAGCUCCAGCCUUCUUUCCACAGCCAUGAGCUGUCCCUGUCAGAGCCUCAGGAUGCUCGGGCUCCUUCAGGCAGCCAGGCCUUCUUAGGCUUCAACACUGCCCCAGUCACAAGUGGCCUUCCGCCUGGCGAGGACCCGGGCUCCUUGCUGGUCAAUUCCCACGGCACACCACAAGCUCCCGGAGCCCCUCUGACAACAUCAGGGGCCACCGACAAUGGCUUCCUGUCCCACAACUUUCUCACGGUGUCACCUGGACCCAGCAGCAACCACAGCCCAGGCCUGCAGAACCAGGGUGUAAGCCUGCCUGGGCAGCCACCCCUUCCUGAGAAGAAGAGAGCCUCAGAGGGCGAUCGUUCUUUGGGCUCGGUCUCCCCUUCCUCCAGUGGCUUCUCCAGCCCCCACAGCGGGAGCACCAUGAGCAUCCCCUUCCCGAACGUCCUUCCAGACUUCUGCAAGCCUCCAGAAGUGGCCUCACCUUUGCCAGAUAGCCCAAAUGAUAAACUCGUGAUUGUGAAAUUUGUUCAAGACACUUCCAAGUUCUGGUACAAGGCAGACAUCUCAAGAGAACAAGCCAUUGCCAUGUUGAAGGACAAAGCUCCUGGGUCAUUCAUCGUGAGAGACAGUCACUCCUUCCGAGGGGCCUACGGCCUGGCUAUGAAAGUGGCCACACCUCCUCCUUCUGUCUUGCACAUGAACAAGAAAGCUGGAGAUUUAUCCAACGAACUUGUCCGGCACUUCUUGAUUGAAUGCACCCCAAAGGGAGUGCGAUUGAAAGGGUGCUCAAAUGAACCAUAUUUUGGGAGCCUGACAGCUUUGGUGUGCCAGCAUUCCAUUACACCCUUGGCUUUGCCCUGCAAGCUGCUCAUCCCAGAGAGAGAUCCACUGGAGGAAAUAGCAGAAAACUCUACUCAGACAGCGGCCAACUCAGCAGCUGAGCUCCUGAAACAGGGGGCAGCCUGCAAUGUUUGGUACCUGAACUCUGUGGAAAUGGAGUCCCUCACUGGUCACCAGGCAGUCCAGAAGGCCCUGUCUAUGACUCUGGUUCAAGAACCUCCUCCAGUGUCUACAGUGGUACACUUCAAGGUGUCAGCCCAGGGCAUCACUCUGACUGACAAUCAGAGAAAGCUCUUCUUCCGGAGGCAUUACCCUGUGAGCAGUGUGAUUUUCUGUGCUUUGGACCCACAGGACAGGAAGUGGAUCAAAGACGGCCCCUCCUCUAAAGUCUUUGGAUUCGUGGCCCGGAAGCAGGGCAGUGCCACAGAUAAUAUAUGCCACCUGUUUGCAGAGCAUGACCCCGAGCAGCCUGCCAGUGCCAUUGUCAACUUUGUGUCAAAGGUCAUGAUCGGCUCCCCUAAGAAGAUUUAAGCCCCCUUUAUAGCCGAACCCUCCAGAUCCCCACGUCGGGUCCUGAAGAUGGCAGUGGGGUGAGGCGGGGGCGCCCCUCAUUUGUACCAGACUGACAAUCCUCACAUUCCAGACCCAAGAAGGGGAGAAUACGGCAAUUCUUCAAACCAGGAACAAACAAGGUCACCCCAGAUUGGCCUUAGAGUAACUUCUCAUCCC